GAUCGUAGUUUGGAACUCUGACUCUCCCCUCAGGAAACCACGUGGUAGUUCUAUACAUGCUGCUGUGGAUGUUAGCAUCAUGAACAGAUUUCACUGAAUUCUUUUCCCGAUAAAUAGUAUCCAGUUCACAUGUAACCAUGUCAGGCAAAUCGGAUUUCAAGAUUAAUUCAAAGUUUGCAGAGAAAUAUGACAAAUAUAGACAAAAAGAAGAGUUACAAAGGCUGAAAGACAAAUAUGGCGACCAAGCUGACGAGAGUGAGUCUGGUUCAGAGUCAGAUGGUGAUAGCGAGGUGGAAUUUGACCCCAAAGUUGAAAGGGACUUCUACAGAACAUUGUCUCUGCUGAAGAAGAAAGAUCCUAAGAUCUAUCAGACUGAUACAACGUUCUACACAGUGGAAGAUGUAUCCAUUGGGGACGAUGCCCAGCCUUCAACUUCAAAUAAAACAGAGAAGCCAAUGUAUCUGAAAGACUAUGAGCGAAAAGUUAUCUUGGAAAGGGGAGGUAAAUAUGAGGAUGAGGAGGAGGAGAGUGAUGAUGAAGAGGCUGCAAAGAGGAGAGAGAGAGCUGGAUCUCCAAGUUACAUCCAGGAGCAGAGAGAAUUGAAAGAGAGCUUCCGUAAGUUCAUACAGGACAGUGAUGAGGAGUGCAGUGAGGAGGACUUUCAGCUGCUGAAGAGGAGGACCAAAACACAGGAAGAGAAGGAUAAAGAGGAAGAGGAUUAUGUGGACUGGCUGAAAGGCCAGGCAGAGCUGGGGGGCCCAGAAGAGGUGCAGGACAUGAAAUACCUGAGGGACUAUUGGAACGACCCCGAGCUGGAUGAGAAGGAGUGUUUCCUUAGGGAUUUUGUCCUGAAUAAGGGCUACAUGGAGAAAGAUGACGUGGACAGGAUCCCCAGCUAUGACGAAGUGGUGAAUGAUGACGUGGAGGACUCAGAAGAGGAUGGGGAGUCGUUCUUGGAGCGCCAGGAGGACUUUGAAAGACACUACAACUUCCGCUUUGAGGAGCCUGAUGCACAGAAGAUCAAGACUUACCCCCGUACCAUUGCCACCUCUGUCCGCUCCAAAGACGAGCGCAGGAAGCUCAAAAGGGAGGAAGUGAAGGAUAGGAAGAAAAAGGAGAAGGAGCAGAAGCACGAGCAGCUGAAGCAGCUGAAGAACCUGAAGCGUAAUGAGAUCAUGCAGAAACUGCGGCGGCUGCAGGAGCUGACAGGCAACGAGCAGCUGGCCUUCAGUCAGGUGGACCUGGAGGGAGACUUUGACCCCCAGCAGCAUGACCAGCUCAUGCAGAAAUUCUUUGGUGAUGAAUAUUAUGGAGAGGAAGAGGGGGAGAAGCCCCAGUUUGAAGUUGAAGAGCUAGAGGGUGAACACUGGAACUGGGACACAUGGACAGGAGAGGGUGGAGAAAAUGAAUAUGGUGGUGAAGAAGGGGAGGAAGAAGAGCAUGAAGGAGAAGAGUAUGACCAGCCAAACUGUGAAGAUCCAGACUUUAUUAUGGAUGCAGACUAUGAUCCCAGUCAGCCAAGCACCUCCAAGAAGCAGAAGAAAAAGGAGAAGAUGAAGGUGGAUGCCCCGCUGAUGGGAAAGAAGAGAAAGAAGUCUCAUUUUGCUGAGGUCAUUACCCAAAACAAGCCCGUGUUUGACCCCCAGGAGAAGUCCUUUGAGCAGUACCUGGACGAGUACUAUAAGCUGGACUAUGAGGACAUCAUAGACGACAUCCCCUGCAGGUUUCGCUACAGGCAGGUCCUGGCCAAUGACUUUGGCCUGUCCACUGAUGAGAUCCUGGGAGCAGAUGAGAAAGAGCUGAACCGCUGGGCCUCGCUAAAGAAGACCUGCAUGUUCAGGUCUGACAAGGAGGAGAUGAGUGAUUUGCAGAACUACAAAAUCAAAGGACAAAAUGUGAAGAAAAAGAUAGAAGUCUUGAACUCUUUCUAUGCUGAGGAGGACAAAGCAGAGGGCAAGACCAACGUGGGUAAGAAGAGAAGAGACAGGAUAAAGAAUGCAGAGAAGGAUGACAAGGAUCUGGAGGAUGAUGAUGAGGCUGGACCCAGUCAGCAAAGCUCUACAUUGGACUCUGGGGAGGGGGUGGUAGUCCAGGCACUGAGAGAGGCAGGAGACCACGAAGAGGAGUUCCUGGUACCCAAAUCCAAGAAGUUGAAACUGGAGCAGGAAAAAGUUGCUACCACUCAGGAGACUGCCAACACAAGGACUGAAAGGACACAAUUGCCCAAGAAGAAAAACAGGCACCCAGGAAGCCGCCUCAUGUCGGGGAAGGGGCCCUUCAGGGUGAAAAUGGGUGGGCGAGAGUUCAGCGGACAGAGACUGAAGGCCUAUGGGCUGAAUCCCAAGAGACUGCACUUCAGGCAGCUUGGCAGGCAGAAACGAAAGGCUCAAGCGAAGACUGGGGAUCAAGGAGUAAGGGAGAGAACGGCACCAUUAUAAUUUAUGUCCCCUUAUAUUUUUGUGAAUGGUUGGUAAAGUGACAAACUGCACAAUAUAAAUGGACCAGAGAACAGCAUAGUUCCUAAUAAAUCAAAGUUGAAUGAGCUUACAAUAGCAUUGGCACUGAUAGUUGCCAUUCCAGCUAUUUUUCUGAGUGCCGCUUAGAAUUGUAGAUUUUGUAUUUUAUUCCUGAAAACUAUCAGAUCAACUUGAACAACUCUUGGAACAAUUGUGAUUUACUUAACUGUAUUUUGCAAACUGUAAUACAAUUGUAGGACAUUUUGUGUACUCCAAUUGUUGUUCUUGAGAAGAAAAUGGCUCUCUAAAAUGUACAAAUGUUGUGUAGAAAUAACCUCUGGAGGCACAGUGAACCUACCUCUCACAACACAACCGCAGUUCCAUUAAAGAGAGUAUGUAUUGUAACGACCCGUUGGUUUAUAAGCGCGGAAAUCGAGUCUGCCGCACGAGCAUGCUUUUGCGGCACAGUCGACCUGCUCCCUGCCUGUUUUAUUACAGUAUACUAUAAAUCAUUGGUUCUCAACCAGGGGUACUUGAGAAGAAUAUACCAUAGGCCUACUGGUAAAAUGAACACGAGGGGGUCCUCUGGGCAGUGCAAAAUUCAGUUGGUGGUACAGUAAUCGAAAAAGGUAAAAUAAAUAAUGCAAUCUCUUGACAUUGGCGCCCCCAUGUGGAUCUAGCCAAUCAGAACGCUGGAUAUUUUUGGUGCUUUCUAUUAAUUGUAUAUUUUCAAUUGUAGGCAUCUACUUAUUGUUAUAUUGUGUAUGUUAAUAAAUAUUUUACAGUU